AUGAGGAUGAUAAAAUAUUGCUUGUUUUUUCUACGUUGUUUACUUGAGCCGUUUUUCAAAUUGCGAGGUUUGAAGAAGAGACGACGAUGCCCGCCGAUUAAAAAUCGAAUUUUGUUGCUGUCGGCGACAGAAAUUGCUCAGAAAAUCCGUAAAAGAGAAAUCAGCUCCGAGGAAGUGAUUAUUACGUAUGUAAAGCGAUGUAAUGAAGUGAAUCCGUUGAUCAAUGCCAUUGUAGAAAAUCGUUUCGAUGCGGCAAUUGAAGAGGCACGUGAAAUCGAUAAUUUCCUGCAGUCAACUAUAAUAGACGAUGCAAAAAUCGCGAGCGAGAAACCGUUACUCGGGCUACCUAUCACAAUUAAAGAAAGUAUUGCUGUUCAAGGGAUGAGUUAUUCUGUAGGAAUGAAAGAUGAUUCCUUGAGAGAAACAAAGAGAGCGACAGAAGAUGCCGACGUCGUGGCAAGAAUUCGUAAGGCUGGUGGGAUUCCUCUUCUCGUCAGUAACACUCCAGAAUUAUGUUUGUGGUGGCAUACAUUUAACAAAAUAACUGGUACCACCAGGAAUCCCUAUGAUACACAGAGGACUGCUGGAGGCUCUUCCGGUGGCGAGGCUGCUCUUCUUGGAUCUGGCGCUUCAAUCCUAGGUCUGGCUUCAGACGUCGGUGGAUCUGUUAGGCUUCCAGCAAUGUUUUGCGGCAUUUUUGGCCAUAAACCAACACCAAACUGGAUAUCAGUAGAAGGUCACAAACCUAGCGCAAAUGAUAAAAAUUGGUCUACAUUUUUCGCAAUUGGUUCAAUGGUCAGAUACGCUACAGAUCUGCCUUUAUUAUUAACAGUGAUGUCACAAUCGGAUGAAGCCAGGAUUACCUUUAAUAAAAAGGUAAAUCUGGGCAACAUAAAGUAUUUUUAUAUGGAUAAUUACGGCCCAUCUACAGGUUCAAUAGCAACUGAGAUAAAAGAUGCAAUUUCCAAAUUAAUAAAACAUCUGGAAAUAAUAAGCGGUGUUAAAGUGGAAAAAGCAAAUUUUGAAGACAUGAAACGAUCUUUUGAAUUAAGCUCAGUUGUUCUUCUUACUAUAAAAGACAUAUAUUCAAUGUUUAAUCGUUGGGAUAAUCCUAAGAAAUCGAAGAAUGUGUUUAUGGAAACACUGAAAUAUAUUUUCUUCAUGUCACAACAUACUUUUCCUGCUAUAUGUUUCGGGCUAUGUAACAACAUUGCCAAAAGUUUAUUUCCAGUCUCUACUCAUAAUGAAAUGAUGGAAUUAAGAACGCGAUUGAGAAUGCAAUUUGAGGAACUGUUGGGUGAUAACGGCGUAUUGAUUUGUCCAUCCUUUAUCUCAUCAGCGUAUUAUCCUCACGAGUGUUUGUACAACAUAACCAAUUACACAUUCAUGAUGAUUUUCAACGUGCUAGGAUUUCCGGUCACGCAAUGUCCACUUGGCUUCGAUAAAAACCAACUACCUAUUGGAAUUCAGAUUGUCGCGAAUCCGAGCUGUGACCAUUUGACGAUUGCUGUUGCGCAAGAAAUCGAAAGAAAGUUUGGCGGUUGGCGAGAACCACAGGACAGAGGAGUCGUCUGAAGUAUAUCUAAUAUAAUUU